UAAUCCUCCUCACCCGCAUUUUACCUUUUCCUAUUCUCUUCACUUUCCUUUUAUCUAUCGUCUCUGCAGUCUCACUCUCCACGGAUGCACACGCUCUCAUCCGGAAAGGCAAUGGCGCUCUCUUCGGGUCGGAUCCGCCGACACGCUUGGUCGGAUCGUGUCUCCGGACAACCGUUUCGGGGAGCAGUAUCAGGAUUCAGAUGCAUCGCUGGUUCUCUGGCGAUCGCGGUUGCACUCUUCCUCACUGGAUCGUUUCUCUUCGCCGCCGACUCUAUACCUGCCGAUCUCAAAUCUGGGUUUGCUAAUGGUUCUGGAUCUAGAUUUACUUCUCUUCGGAGAUCAAUUUUGGCGUUGAAGACAGAUCCACUAAAACCUCGUUUGGAUCAGAUCCGUAAGCAAGCAGAGGAUCAUAGAAGUUUAGCUUCGGCGUACGCUGCCUAUGCCCGGAAACUCAAGCUCGAGAAUUCCAAGCUUGUUAGGACUUUUGCUGAUCUCUCCCAAAAUUUCACUGAUUUGGUGUCAAAACCUACCUAUCAAGCUUUUCUUGAUUCGGAUGUGAACUUAAUUGAUGAGUUAGAACUAAGAAGGUUUGAGAAGGAGGUGAAGGAACGAAUUAAGCUCACAAGGCAAGUAAUAUCUGAAGCAAAGGAGUCUUUCGAUAAUCAAUUGAAAAUUCAUAAGUUGAAGGACACAAUCUUUGCUCUGAACGAACAGUUAACGAAAUCUAAAAAGCAGGGCGCUUUUUCAAGCUUGAUUGCAGCCAAGUCGAUUCCCAAAAGCUUGCAUUGCUUGGCUUUGAGAUUAAUGGAAGAGAGAAUUGCUCAUCCUGAGAAUUAUUCAGACGAAGGAAAACCUCCCAAGCCAGAGAUUGAGGAUCCAAGACUUUACCACUAUGCAAUAUUCUCUGAUAACGUGAUUGCUGCUUCUGUUGUGGUUAACUCAGCUGUUAAGAACACAAAAGAACCAUGGAGACAUGUGUUCCAUGUUGUGACUGAUAAGAUGAAUCUUGGGGCAAUGCAAGUGAUGUUUAAAAUGAGGGAUUAUAGUGGUGCUCAUAUUGAAGUGAAGGCUGUUGAGGACUAUAAAUUCCUCAACUCUUCUUAUGUUCCGGUGCUGAAACAGCUUGAGUCUUCUAAGCUUCAACAGUUCUACUUUGAAAAUAAACUCGAGAAUGCGACCAAGGACACAACAAAUAUGAAGUUUAGGAACCCAAAGUAUUUGUCCAUAUUGAACCAUCUCAGGUUCUAUCUGCCUGAAAUGUAUCCCAAGCUGCACAAGAUCUUGUUCCUGGAUGAUGACAUAGUGGUUCAAAGAGAUCUGACUGGACUCUGGAGCAUAGACAUGGAUGGGAAGGUUAAUGGGGCGGUGGAGACAUGUUUUGGAUCAUUCCAUCGCUACGCACAAUACAUGAAUUUCUCGCACCCACUCAUCAAAGCCAGGUUUAGUCCCAAGGCGUGUGCAUGGGCUUAUGGGAUGAAUUUCUUUGAUUUGGAUGCUUGGAGAAGGGAGAAGUGCACUGAAGAGUACCACUACUGGCAGAAUCUGAAUGAGAAUCGGACAUUGUGGAAACUGGGAACAUUACCUCCAGGUUUAAUCACAUACUACUCGACAACGAAACCACUGGACAAAACUUGGCAUGUAUUGGGGCUUGGAUACAAUCCAAGUAUUAGCAUGGACGAAAUCAAGAAUGCUGCAGUUAUACACUUCAACGGAAACAUGAAGCCAUGGCUCGACAUUGCCAUAGCCCAGUUCCGUCCACUCUGGACUAAGUAUGUUGACUAUGAAAACGAAUACGUUCAGGCCUGCAACUUUGGUCUGUAAACUGGUGAUUCAACACUUGCGCCAUGGAACGUUUACAGGUACAGCGCGCAGCUCCUUACACUUAGUUUUAGUGCUCUAUUUAACCACGAAAUUUUUCCUUCUAUUCGAAGCAUUAGUUUUAUUCAUGUUAGUAUAUAGGUAUAGCUUUCUUUGUCCAUAUCUUCUCACUGUUAAGUCUCAGUGGUUGAAUGAUGCUCGCAAACUUGUAACUGCAUAUAUAUAUACACACACACAUAUUUAUAUAUAUAUAUAUUAUGUAUUCAUAUUCGUGUC